UUGAACAGCACAGUUCUUUAGUAGAAGUAUGUUGUAUAUUUUGUGGAAUAAUAGUAGAAACUGAUGUCUAAUAUGAGAUCGAAUAAAUAUAAGUGUUAUUUAAAAUGUAUUAUUUAGUGCUAAAAUUAUGUCUAAUCAUACUAUUUGCCGUGUAUGUACCAAUGCACUAUGUGAUAGGCGAACGUGUUUUGGACACAACGCUUGCAUACCCAUCAUAUUACAAGCUCCGUAAUAAUCAUUUGAGUCCGGGACAUCUUCGCGGGCGCGGCUCUGCAGCAGGUAGUAAACACAUAGGCGAAGGAGCUCCUGAAACUACAAGAGCAGGGGGGGGACCAGGAGAUCCGAAUGACCCGAGGUACCAAAAAGCAAACACAACGACUGAACGAAGACGCACGCCGCCUCAUCGCGAGGAGACUUUGGAAGAACAGUGCGACUACUUAGCCAAGUAUUGUCAAAGAAGUUAUCUAACUGGAAGAAUUUGUGCACGAACAUAUUUUUUCAAUUAUCAAUCAUUUAAAAACUACUGCAUGAUGGAUUAUGUAAAUUGUAUGGAAAGAUAUGAAGUUUGGCAAAUAGUGCAUAUGGGACAAUGUUAUGACCUCAAGGACAAUGCAAAUCAUGAACAUUUUGAAUAUCAAGGUGAUACUUUCUUGGAUUACGACGUUCUACCAAAUGAACAUGUUUGGGAUUUUCAGGGUUAUGUCUGAACGAAUAAUGAUAAUAAUAGAUCUUCGGGACAGUUAUCAAGUGUGUAUCAUUUUUGUAAGUUUGGUAUUUUUGCCUGUUCUUGCAAGCACUGGUAAAAAAUUAACGUAUUACUGAACAGUGAACCCGCACAAAGUUUAAUUUUAAUUUUCUAUAGUACUAUUAUAAAAUUAAUUUAUUAUAACAUU